AUGACUCUGGCUCGACUGGCCGCCUCGGAGAGCCCUGCGCCCGGACAGCUCUGCUCCUGCUGCGGGGCUAAACUCACCACAGCCCCGCUGCACAGCCACACACAGCAGCUCAUCAGCGAGAAUUUCCUCACAGUCAAAGGCGCUGCUGUCUUCUUACCACGUGGAAAUGGUUCUUCACCCUCCUCAGUGCCCCGCAUUACACAGCGGCGGAAUAAACACACAGGUGACCUCCAGCAACACCUGCAGACCAUGUUCACUCUGCUGCGGCCAGAAGACACCAUCCGCCUGGCGGUUAGGUUAGAGAGUGCCUACCCCCAGUGUACACGGUACAUGGUAGUGGUGUCCACCAAUGGCAGGCAGGACACUGAAGAGAGUGUGGUCCUUGGCAUGGACUUCACCAGCUCAGACCGCCUGUGCACCGUUGGGCUGGUUUUACCCCUGUGGAGCGACACUCUGAUUCACUUGGAUGGAGAUGGUGGCUUCAGUGUGUCCACUGCUAACAGAGUCCAUGUCUUCAAGCCUGUGUCCGUCCAGGCCAUGUGGUCAGCCCUGCAGUCUUUGCACAAAGCAUGCGAAGUAGCACGGUGUCAUAAUUACUACCCAGGCAGCCUCUUUCUGACGUGGGUAAGCUACUACCAGAGCCGCAUCUGCUCCGAGCAGCACUGCGUCAACGAGUGGAAUGCCAUGCAGGACGUGCAGUCACACCGCGCCGAUUCACCUGUGCUGUUUACCGACGUGCCAACAGAGAGAGAGCGCACGGAACGACUCAUAAAAACCCGCCUGAGAGAGAUCAUGAUGCAGAAGGACCUGGAGAACGUCACUUCUAAAGAGAUCCGCACAGAGCUGGAGAUGCAGAUGGUGUGUAACUUACGGGAGUUCAAAGAGUUCAUUGACAACGAAAUGAUAGUCAUCCUGGGCCAGAUGGACAGCCCCACAGAAAUCUUUGAUCAUGUGUUUCUGGGUUCAGAAUGGAAUGCAUCCAAUCUGGAAGAGCUCCAGAGCAGUGGGGUUCGUUACAUCCUAAAUGUGACACGAGAGAUUGAUAAUUUCUUCCCUGGUCUUUUCGAGUACCACAACAUCCGAGUGUAUGACGAGGAGGCCACCAACCUGCUGGAGUACUGGAACGAUACCUGGAAGUUCAUCUCCAAAGCCAAGAAAGCAGGGGUGAAGUGUCUGGUGCACUGUAAGAUGGGUGUGAGCCGCUCAGCCUCCACUGUGAUAGCGUACGCAAUGAAGGAAUACGGCUGGGAUCUGGACCGAGCCUUUGAACAUGUAAAAGAGCGACGUUCAGUCACUAAACCCAACCCCUCUUUCAUGAAGCAGCUGGAGGAGUAUCAGGGCAUCCUGCUGGCCAGCAAACAGCGGCACAACAAGCUGUGGCGGUCUCACUCUGACAGCGACUUGUCCGAGCAGCAGGAACCUCUGUGUAAAAGUCCACGCACGCUGGGCCGUUCUGACCCCCACAAUCACCACCACCACCUCAAAAACAGCAGCCCCCCAUCUAUCCAGAACAUGCUCGGUAUGGCUGUACUGCAGACUCUCAACGGGCCACGGCCCAGCGCAGACGACCCACACUCCAACUCCUCUGCCAUCUCCAGUGGUCCAUGUCAGUCUAAAGUGGAAAACCUCCAUUCUGAGCAGAGGCACGAGGACCCCUUGCUGCCUCCUCUGCCUCGGCCACGGGCAGCCACCGUGGUGCCUGAACAAAACAUAGCAGAGAGCAGCGGUCUGAAAGUAGCAGUGACUGUGCCUAUCGCUCGCCCUCACCCUCCUCCCUCUCUCCAUAUUCUCACUCCCUCUGUCACUCCUUCUCCACACACCCCCAAGCAGCCCCACGCUGUGUCAGAGCCAAAAACAGACUCUGUUGAGCCGUCCCUGGACAUGCCUGUUCAAAAUGACUCUUGUCAAACCUCCCAGUCUUCUGGGACUCCGAGCUUGGCACUAUAUCUGGAUACUGUGAGGACUGUGAGCACUACUAGUGAAGCGGAAGGCAAUUUAGCAUCUCCAGGGACGCCUAUGGCCAUCAGCCCCUCGGGGGCUCCUCUAGCGCUUGGACUUCCUUCUAACAGUGACUCACAGAGCUCCAGCAGUGGAGCUGAGCCUGCUCAGAGGACAGCUAGUUCAGUGAACCCUGCCUUCUCCAGUCUCAGCACUGAUAGCAUCGACUUCUUCAGCGCCAGAGAAAAGUUCCUGGGGCUGUCUCAGGAUGGCCAGACUCGCCAGCUUUCUGAAGUGGCGGCUCCGCGCGCUGUGCACUCCCGAUGCUCCAGCCUGUGCCUGGAGGAGACCAGCUCAUCUGCAGUAGAGGAGUGUUCCUCUCCUCCAGAGAGUGCCUGUGACAACGUAGCUCUGCCCACUGCAUCAGCCCACCUUCACGACAAUGGCGUGUCCGUGCGGCACAUGGUGACCUCACUGGAGUCCAUCGCGCACACUCAAAGCCCUCAGCACCAGUCCCCACUCCAUGAGCAGGAGGAGGUGAAGAAAGAAGAGAGGACGUCGCUCCCUCCCUCCCCCUCCACACCCCCUCGUGAACAACCCAUGGGCUCCGUGCGUCGUGCCACAGAACAGCUGGAGCUGAGGCUGCGGCAGGAGCAGGAGAGUGUCCCUGUCCGCUCCCCUCUACACUCACCCUGCCCCGCUAGCCCUGAUUUGCAGCCACCUUCUGUGGACACUGAUUCUGUCCGGACUGCAGAACACAUUGAUUCCGUCCAGACCACAGAAGGACAAAUAGAAGAUGUCCGGCCGUUGGAUGACGAAGAUUCGGGGAUAAUCCCUGACCCGUGUAGUUCCUUCUCCACAUAUCAUGAAGUGAGUGCUUCAGCGGUCACUGUGAACCCCAGCUUGGAGCCUAGCUCUGCCUCUUCCUCCCUACUGUGGUUGGAGGGCAUCACUGAGCUGGAAAGUGAUGCAGAUGACCCACUCAGGCCGAAUGGGCGUCUGGCCCGCAGCAGCCAGGACCUGCAGAAGAUCCAGGAGACCCUGAGGGAGCUGCAGGCCUUUCUGUAUGAGGCUGGGGGACUGGCCAACCAGGCUGACGCUAAACAGCAGCUUGAAAGCAACCAGAGCAAGGCAGAAGCAGAGCAGCGGGCAGAGCCCAAAGCUCCAGCGGUAUGGCAGAGAGCCAUGGAGAUUGAAGCAAGGCUCAGACAGGCUGGGCUAACCCCGCCCUCACUCAUGAAGCGCUCGGCCUCCCUGGCCAAGCUGGACCAGCUGGAGCUGUCCAUGCACGACCUGAACGACUGGGACUUCCACCCUGUAGCCCUGGGCCCUGGGCCGCCCUCCUCCCUCUCUCAUUCUCCUUCGCUUGCUCACUGUCCAGACGAUGCCCAUAAGAAGCAACGUUUUCUACCUCAGAGCCCCUCCAGCCCCCCGGCUGCUGCUCACCCACUGGAGGCCAACAGAACUGAAGGCUCCACCACCUCCUCGUUCUCGCACCUGCAGCACAGACAAGGGAGCAGAGCAGAACAUGCCUCUGCUCCGCCUGCCAUCUCAGUCUGCACACGACAGCAGCAACAGCAACAUGCCAAGCCGCACCCGGCGCGGCGACUGCGCAAAGCAGCGGACAAGAAAAAGACAGUUACCGUGCUGUACAAUACUAUGUGACCCGUACUGAACUCAAUCAGGGUAGGAGUGUACCUGUGUGCCAUUGAGGCGGACUCUGGCCUGUAGAUGUCAGGAUCUGUGUGAUCCAUACCUAAGCUAAAACUGUGAGUCUAUGCUACUGUAUUUGUGUGCGAUAGUAUGAGUGUAUGAGACUGUGCCCCCGAUCCAACAGCUUUCGAGUAUCAAUGGAAAAUAAGGUGGCCUGUUUCUUAAAACAUGCACUUUACUUACUUGGUGUUUUUUUCAUUUUUAAUAUUAUUGUUUUUGUUCAUUUUUUAGUUUGUUUUUAUUUUGGAGCGUAUGUUUUGCACUGAUUUGAAGGUAGCCUGUCUGUAUGUGUGUAUGUAACUGUGCUGGCCUGGUUUUUGUUGGAGAACCAGAAUGACUGUAUUUUUUUUAAUCUUGUGGCUAUUAAAUAAAUAGAAAAUACAUACAUUUUAA